CUGCCAUACUAAGUGUACCAGAAUGCAGAAUCCAGUGGUUGGGGGAAACAGCAUUACUUAAAAUUUCAUGAGGUUUUAUAAUCUAAAAAAUUUUAACGUUAAAUUUGGGGGUACAUUUUAUUGCAGAAGAUUUAAAAUAAUUCCAAAGCAAAGAGGUUAUUACAUACAGAUAAAUGAAAACAUAAUCUUUUUGUAACAGAUAAUUUCACUUAAGUUUACCUUACAAAAUUCUGCCUUUUUGUACAGUUGAAGUGUGAUGGGGGAAAAUAUAACCCAAGAGGUAUAAAUGUGAAAACUAAACGUAUACUUUCCUAUCGAAGGCCUAAUGUUAAGAGUUAAGGAGGAAGCUGGGUGGAGGGGAGUUAGGAAAUCAUUUUACGCAAAUAAUUUGGAAAAGAACGUUUUUAAGAGAAAUUUUUGUUGUACCCUGAAAGAAAAAAUUUCCGCUCACAAAGCAAACUAAACCAAAUAAAUCAUCAGACCUUUCCAAAUCUGUGUUGAAAAACAGAGAUUAGUAAUCCCAUAACACGGAAGCAGCCAGGACUCUUCCAGUCGUCUCGUGAGGUUUUCACCCCCUUCCAAAUCCACUUAACAGCGCUCAGGUCUGUCAACUGACAUUUUCAGAACUGAAUUUCACACACGCGUUCAAAAACGCCUGGCGCUCUUAAAUGUAACCAGGCAGCUCCGCGGCAACGAGUUCGGGCCGGGGCUAGAGCCCCGCCCCGGAGAUGCAGUCUCGAAGCCGGCCGCUCUAGGCCCGGCGGCCGCUCUCUAUGGUUGGCCGGGCAGUGUGUUGUCAUCUGCGGAGCGACGGCCGGAGGCGGCAGCGUAGGCCCCGGCGGGGCGUUUGGUUUCGUUUUGGCCCUGACUUGAGUUAGUACUGACGGUCGAAAUGGGAGUCCCUAAGUUUUAUCGAUGGAUCUCGGAGCGGUAUCCCUGCCUCAGCGAAGUGGUGAAGGAGCAUCAGAUUCCUGAAUUUGAUAACUUAUACCUGGAUAUGAAUGGUAUUAUACAUCAAUGUUCCCAUCCUAAUGAUGAUGAUGUUCACUUCAGAAUUUCAGAUGAUAAAAUCUUUACUGAUAUUUUUCACUACUUGGAAGUGUUGUUUCGCAUUAUUAAACCUAGGAAAGUGUUCUUCAUGGCCGUUGACGGUGUGGCUCCUCGAGCAAAGAUGAACCAGCAGCGUGGGAGGCGUUUUAGGUCAGCAAAGGAGGCAGAAGACAAAAUUAAAAAGGCAAUAGAAAAAGGAGAAACUCUUCCUACAGAGGCCAGAUUUGAUUCCAACUGCAUUACACCAGGGACUGAAUUCAUGGCCAGGUUACACGAACAUCUGAAGUAUUUUGUAAAUAUGAAAAUUUCUACAGACAAGUCGUGGCAAGGAGUUACCAUCUAUUUCUCAGGCCAUGAGACUCCUGGAGAAGGAGAACAUAAAAUCAUGGAAUUUAUCAGAUCCGAGAAGGCAAAGCCAGAUCAUGAUCCAAACACCAGACACUGUCUUUAUGGCUUAGAUGCUGACUUGAUUAUGCUUGGAUUAACAAGUCAUGAAGCACAUUUCUCUCUUUUAAGAGAAGAGGUUCGGUUUGGUGGCAAAAAGACACAAAGGGUAUGCGCACCAGAAGAAACCACAUUUCACCUUCUACACUUGUCUUUAAUGAGAGAGUAUAUUGACUAUGAGUUUUCAGCAUUAAAAGACAAGAUCACAUUUAAAUAUGAUAUUGAAAGGAUAAUAGAUGAUUGGAUUUUGAUGGGAUUUCUUGUUGGCAAUGAUUUUAUCCCUCAUCUACCUCAUUUACAUAUUAAUCAUGAUGCACUGCCUCUUCUUUAUGGAACAUAUAUUACCAUCCUGCCAGAACUUGGGGGUUAUAUUAAUGAAAGUGGACAUCUCAACUUACCUCGAUUUGAGAAAUACCUUGUGAAACUAUCAGAUUUUGAUCGAGAGCACUUCAGUGAAGUUUUUGUGGACCUAAAGUGGUUUGAAAGCAAAGUUGGUAACAAGUACCUCAAUGAAGCAGCAGGUGUCGCAGCAGAAGAAGCCAAGAACUACAAGGAAAAGAAAAAAUCAAAGGGCCAGGAAAACUCAAUAUGUUGGGCUGCUUUAGACAAAAAUGGAGAAGAAGUGGUAACUUCUAAGGACAAUUUAGAAGAUGAGACUGAAGAUGAUGACUUGUUUGAAACCGAGUUUAGACAAUAUAAAAGAACAUAUUACAUGACAAAGAUGGGAGUUGACGUAGUUUCUGAUGACUUUCUGGCUGAUCAAGCUGCAUGUUAUGUUCAGGCAAUACAAUGGAUUUUGCAUUAUUACUAUCAUGGAGUUCAGUCCUGGAGCUGGUUUUAUCCGUACCAUUAUGCACCUUUCCUAUCUGAUAUCCGCAACAUCAGUACACUCAAAAUCCAUUUUGAACUAGGAAAACCUUUUAAGCCAUUUGAACAGCUUCUUGCUGUACUUCCAGCAGCUAGCAAAAAUUUACUUCCUACAUGCUACCAGCAUUUGAUGACAGAUGAAGACUCGCCAAUUAUAGAAUAUUAUCCACCUGAUUUUAAAACUGACCUAAAUGGGAAGCAACAGGAAUGGGAAGCUGUGGUUCUAAUACCUUUUAUUGAUGAGAAGCGAUUGUUGGAAGCCAUGGAGACAUGCAACCACUCCCUGAAAAAAGAAGAGAGGAAAAGAAACCAACAUAGUGAGUGCCUAAUGUGCUGGUAUGAUAGCGAGACAGAGUUCACGUACCCCUCUCCAUGGCCAGAAAAGUUCCCUGCCAUAGGACGAUGCUGCGCCAGGUAUAGAAUAAUAUCAUUAGAUGCUUGGCGUGUAGACAUAAGCAAAAACAAAAUAACCAGGGUUGACCAAAAGGCAUUAUACUUCUGUGGAUUUCCUACUUUGAAACACAUCAAACACAAAUUUUUUUUGAAGAAAAGUGGGGUUCAAGUAUUCCAGCAAAGCAGUCGUGGAGAAAACAUGAUGUUGGAAAUAUUAGUGAAUGCAGAAUCAGAUGAACUUAGUGUAGAAAAUAUAGCUUCAUCAGUGCUUGGGAAGUCUCUCUUUGUUAAUUGGCCUCAUCUUGAAGAAGCUAGAGUUGUUGGUGUAUCAGAUGGAGAAACUAAGUUUUACUUGGAAGAACCUGCAGGAACACAGAAGCUUUAUUUGGGAAGAACUGCACCACCCUCUAAAGUGGUCCAUCUUGGAGACAAAGAACAAUCUAACUGGACAAAAGAAGUACAAGGAAUUUCAGAAUACUACCUGAGAAGAAAAGGAAUAAUAAUAAAUGAAACAUCUGCAGUUGUAUAUGGUCAGUUACUCACAGGUCGUAAAUACCAAGUAAAUCAAAAUGGUGAAGUCCGUCUAGAGAAACAGUGGUCAAAACAAGUUCUUCCAUUUGUUUAUCAAACUAUUGUCCAAGACAUCCGAGCUUUUGACUCCCGUUUCUCCAAUAUUAAAACAUUGGAUGACUUGUUUCCUCCUAGAAGUAUGGUCUUUAUGCUGGGAACACCCUAUUAUGGAUGCACUGGAGAAGUUCAGGAUUCAGGGGAUGUGAUUACAGAAGGCAGGAUUCGUGUGAUUUUCAGUAUUCCGUGUGAACCCAAUCUUGAUGCUUUAAUACAAAACCAGCAUAAAUAUUCUAUAAAGUACAACCCAGGAUAUGUGUUGGCCAGUCGCCUUGGAGUGAGUGGAUACCUUGUUUCAAGGUUUACAGGAAGUAUUUUUAUUGGAAGAGGAUCUAGGAGAAACCCUCAUGGAGACCAUAAAGCAAAUGUGGGUUUGAAUCUCAAAUUCAACAAAAAAAAUGAGGAGGUACCUGGAUAUACUAAGAAAAUUGGAAGUGAAUGGAUGUAUUCAUCUGCAGCAGAACAACUUCUUGCAGAGUACUUGGAGAGAGCUCCAGAACUGUUUAGUUAUAUAGCCAAAAAUAGCCAAGAGGAUGUGUUCUAUGAAGACGACAUUUGGCCUGGAGAAAAUGAGAAUGGUGCUGAGAAAGUUCAAGAAAUUAUUACUUGGCUAAAGGGACAUCCUGUCAGUACUUUGUCUCGUUCUUCUUGUGAUUUACAAAUUCUGGAUGCAGCUAUUGUUGAGAAAAUUGAAGAAGAAGUUGAAAAGUGCAAGCAAAGAAAGAAUAAUAAGAAGGUUCGAGUGACAGUGAAGCCCCAUUUGCUAUACAGACCUUUAGAACAGCAACAUGGAGUCAUUCCUGAUCGGGAUGCAGAGUUUCGUCUCUUUGACCGAGUUGUAAAUGUGAGAGAGAACUUUUCCGUUCCAGUUGGCCUUCGGGGCACCAUCAUAGGAAUUAAAGGGGCUAAUAGAGAAGCUGAUGUACUAUUUGAAGUGUUAUUUGAUGAAGAAUUUCCUGGAGGUUUAACAAUAAGGUGCUCACCUGGUAGAGGUUAUCGACUGCCAACAAGUGCCUUGGUGAACCUUUCUCAUGGGAGUCGCUCUGAAACAGGAAAUCAGAAGUUGACAGCCAUUGUGAAACCACAGCCAGCUGUGAAUCACUAUAGCUCAAGUUCAUCAAUUUCAUCUGGUCAUUUGGGAGGUCUGAACCAUUCCCCUCAAUCACUUUUUGUUCCUACUCAAGUACCUGCUAAAGAUGAUGAUGAAUUUUGCAACAUUUGGCAAUCCUUACAGGGAUCUGGAAAGGUUCAACACUUUCAGCCACCUCUACAAGAGAAGGGUGCAGUUCUACCUCAAGAAAUAAGUCAAGUAACUCAACAUCACAAAUCUGGCUUUAAUGAGAACAGCGUUAAGCAAAGAAAACAUGAGCCUCACAGAAAAUUUAAAGAAGAGUGUAAGAGUCCUAAAACUGAGAGUCGGUCACAAAAAAUGUCAAAUAGGCAGCCUAAUCCUGGAAUUGAGAACUUCUUAGCAUCCUUGAAUAUCUCCAAAGAAAAUGAAGUACAGUCAUCUCAUCAUGAAGAGCCUCCAAGCGAAGAACAUUUGUCACCACAGUCAUUUGCUAUGAAGGGAACUCGGAUGCUUAAAGAAAUUCUAAAAAUUGAUGGCUCUGACACUGUGGACCAUAAGAAUGAGAUGAAACAAUUUGGUAAUGAGGUCACUGUUUCCUCCAGUAGAAGAGAUGAAUAUGGAUCUUCCUCACAGCCUAAACAAAGUAAGAAAUUAACAUCUUAUAUGAACAAGCCUCACAGUGCUAGUGAGUACCAUAAUGUUCAGUCUGUGGACAGUGUGUGCUGGCCUGCUGCCAGCCAGAUUCCUCCUGUGUCCACACCAGUAACUGAACUUUCUCGAAUUUGUUCCCUUGUUGGAAUGCCACAACCAGAUUUCUCCUUUCUGAGAACACCACAGACAAUGACAGUUUGCCAGGUAAAAUUAUCUAAUGGCUUACUGGUACAUGGGCCACAGUGCCAUUCUGAAAAUGAAGCCAAGGAAAAAGCUGCACUUUUUGCUUUACAACAAUUGGGCUCCUUAGGAGUGAAUUUCCCUUUGCCUCCACCAAUAUUUCCAAGUUAUCCUCCUGCUGUACCACCUGGAACCAUUCCUCCAGUUUUUCCCCAACCUACUGGCUGGGAUCACUAUGGAAGCAACUUAGCAUUGGGGGCAGCUAAUAUAAUGCCCUCAUCAUCUCAUCUCUUUGGCUCAAUGCCAUGGGCACCACCAGUGCCAGUUCCUGGGAAGCCCUUCCAUCAUACUUCAUAUGCUGGGACCAUGCCCAUGGCUGGAGGAAUGCCAGCUGGUGUGCACAAUCAGUUCAUACCUCUACAGGUAACUAAAAAAAGGGUUGCAAACAAAAAGAAUUUUGAGAACAAGGAUGCCCAGAGUUGUCAAGCCACCCUACUUCAGACUAGCCAGUCAGCAUCUUCUGAUGUCACCAAAGUGAUUCCACAGGAGAGUUUAUCAGCUUCCUUCAAGUCCCCUCAGAUUACUCAACUUGCGUCUCCUUUUCAAGUUGAAGCUGCCUCCCCAGGCCAUAGUAUGUCUCACCAUAAAUCAACACCAAGCUCCUCAAGAAGAAAAUCAAGAAAACUGGCUGUCAAUUUUGGAGUUUCUAAACCUUCUGAAUAAAUUGUACUUGGAAUUAAGUUAAUUUCAUUCCUUUCCUCCCACCUUUUUAUAAAUCCAUAUCUAUGUCUCAUAAAAAAUUACAGUGUACUAUUUUAAAACAAUAUAUUUCAAUUAAAAUUUUUUAAAUUUUUAGUUGUCAGGCACUUUUCAUGCUAUUUAAAAGACUAUACAUCAAAUUGUGCAUCUUAAGUAUGUGCAAUUUGUUUUACAUCAAUUAUACCUCAAUAAAGCUGUAAAAAAAGACUAAAUUCAACCUUGUUUUAAAAUAAUAUCAACGGACUAAGCAUUCAGAUGUACCACUCUAAUCAUUGGCCUCAUCAUUAGAAGCAUCCUAAACUAUGAAUUAGACAUCAUAUUGCAAUAAUUAUAAACAUUUUUUACACUAUCAUUGAGGGAUAAUUAAAUGGAGCAUGAAAAUUGGGCCUCAAGUAUAAUUUACUGAAUGUGGAUUUUAUUUCUCUUUUUAAUGAUGUAACAGAAGUGUCAGGAGAAUGGCUCUUAUUUAUAGGUAUUUUAACUUAGGUUUUAUUAUAUCUGAGGGUCCUUUGGACCUGUUGUGAAGUGAUCACACUUGUGGUGGUGCUGCCAGUUUUGCUUUAUUCUCAAUUUUGUACCAAAGCAACUUCAGAAUACUGAUCAGAAUAUUUCAUUUAACUGCUUAGAAUUAUAAAUAGCAAUCUAGAUUUGAGUAAAUAAUUACAAUUUUUUAGAUUAUUCAAGAACCAGCAUUAGUAAUUUCUAAUAAAAUUAAGUUUCAAAAUCUGCAGGGUAUAAUGAUUACAAAUUAAUCUUCUAAUAGAAUAAAGUACAAAAUAUUAAUCAUGUUAAUUAAAAUAAAUUGUGUUAUCAAUUUGUAUAGCUUUUUACCUGCUUACUUAAACAUACAUGAGAGCUCCGUUGUUGGUCCACGUGUAGUGCUUCCUGGAACUGAUGAAAUUCUAAAUUUUUUAAAAAUAACAAGGUGUGCACAGGCACCAUCAGUGUAUACUGUACAUUAUUUAUAUGACAAGUGCCCGUCUCAUUCUCGUUCCAUAUUUUUAGCUUUAUGCUGAACUGCCCAGGGACUCUGGCGUUUUGUCUUUGCAUGUCACGUGUGGGUGUGUAUUGUUCAAGCUGUAGCUGUUGAAAUUAUUUUAGAGUUUAUGAAAAUGUCUCAGUGGUACCAGGGCCUGAGUUUUUAUAUAUAUGUUUGUGCUUUCAUUUUUGUGAUAUGCUUGUAUUUUUAAGGAAGUAAGUUAUCAUACUUUUUUAAAAGUACGAACAACAAUCUUUGUAUGGAACUGAUUAUGAUUAUAUUUAGUUUCAUUUGGCUCAUUGAAAACUCUGCUAUGAGUCUUUGUUUGUUUUUAAAAAUGCUAGUACUGAAUUAAAUGGAUUUCUUUCUCUAACUGCUAAAUGUUAGAGUUUCUCUAAAUGUUAAUAGGAUAUUUGUAUAUCAGUCGUGCCUUUAGUGUAAGAGAUAAAUGUUCAUUAUCUGUCAUUUAUCACAGUCAUGUGAGUUUCUGUGAUUUUAUUUUCUAUUAAUUUUCCUAGAUUCAGAUGUUCAUUGGUUCCCAGAAUUUCUUUUUUGGGGAAUAUUUGUUUCUCUGUAAUGGGAUCUUGAGUAAUGAGGCUCAAGUAAUUCUCAGUGUUUGUCCUUAUUGCCUCACGACCUUUUUUUUUUUUUUUAAGGGAACAUCUGUUUGGGGCAUACAAUACAAAAAAGUUAAAUUGUGACGGUAAGAUUAUGUCAACCUCUUACUACUUUAAAGUGUAUAAUAUUUUUCACCUUAUGUAACUUUACAAACUCCAGCAUUCAAGAAUUGCCUCACUCAUCAUUGCUCUGUGACCACUCUAUAAACAAUGUACAGCCCACAUCUUUUUUAAAGCCCAGAAGAAGGAGCACGUGCCGUCUUCUGAAAACUCCAAGAGAAAUUUCGGUAAGCACAGUGCCGCUGAACCCAUAUACGGAUGUUUCCUCAGUAUUCAAGCAAAGCAAGCUGACAAUUCUAGGUGGAUAGGCAGUAAAAGUGUUUUCUUUUCAUUCUUUCUUCUCAUUUUAAAAAAUGUAUUAUUCUAAAAGUCAAGACUAAAGAGAGAUUAAAAUGGGAGAGAGCUCCAUAAUGACUAGAUAGUGUCAGGCAUUCAUCUAUGUUCUCUUCACCUUGUACACCUAUUCUAAAUGUGGACCUGAGAGCAGUAGAUGUGCCCUCUCUGGGGAGGAUGUAAGAGGCAGAGACUGUUUUUAAUCUCUCAUGACAAUCUUGAGGAGACUAGAUCCACUAAUAGACUGGGAAACUUACAGUUUUUCCUUUUUUGGAUGGUGCAGACUCAGAAUACCCCGAAGUUUAGAAAUACGCCCAUUCAACUGUUGAAUCUGUUGUGGCCUUUCUGUGGAAACCAUGGGCUGUACAGGGCACAGAGGAUCAGAUUCCCCAAAAUACUUCAUGUUUCCACGUACUAAGAGCAGUUAAAUCUAUUUAAACCUUCUUCUCCUCGCUGAAACAUUAUUUCUAAAUAUCUUUGUUCAAUAAAGUUUUUUUUCUUUUUUUUUUUUGAGCAAAUUAAGUGAAUUUUGAAGAUUGGUCCUUCAGUCUCAUUGUUCCUUUUCACCAUUUCCUACAUUACCUGAGCUUUAUAAUUUUACAGAUAGACUGUAUUAAUUGACUGAAACAUCAUGUAGACUCACGUCUUAAACGUCUGAGACUCAGUUGCCUGAAAAAUUAAUUUCACCUCUGUAUCUUGGUUUCAGUUUAAGACUUUCCUUGCUGUUCAGAGGGAUAAGUAGUUCUUUUAGAACUAAAAAGAUAAGGAGAUCUUUUUUUCCUGUUGGUGGGAGAGAUGAAAAACUCCUGAUGCAGGUUUUUUGUUUUUUAUUUCCUUUUCUAUAAUCAGGUACUUGCUUUGGUUUUAGACUGAUAUUUUUCAAACUAAUCUAGGUUUUGGGGGGAGGGGUCAGAGAGGGAGGCAGUUGGAAGAAGGAAACAGUUAAAUAAGACCCAUCCAACACUGCAUUUUUAGACUAUAUCUUUCUAGCUCAAGGAAAUAGAUAAGUUGCAGGGUCUUUUUUAUUCACUCAUUUUUUUUAUGAUUUUUUUUUUUAAUUGGAGUAUAGUUGUUUUACAACGUUGUGUUGGUUUCUACUGUAGAGCAAAGUGAAGUAGAGUUCCCUGUGCUAUACAGCAGGUUCUUAUUAGUUAUCUAUUUUAUACAUAUUAGUAUUCACUCACUUUUAAAUCAUCUGUUUUAUUUGUAUUAAUAAAUCAUACAUUUUCAUAGUGGUUGUCUAAUUUUUACCUUUAAGAUAGCUAGGACUGUCCAGCUGUCCUUUGAAGUUCAUUGUAAUAUGCUUCAUCUCAUUGUCCAGAGCCUCUUUUUUAAAGCAACUGUGUACAAUCUCCCAGCUUUUUGAGUUUGCUAUAUUUCUUAGUACCGUCUGGCUUCCAAAUUGUGUUUUUACUGUGGAGGAGAAUUAAUUUAUUGGAGAGAAAUGACCAUGACAGACAUUCUCAACCUUUAAAAAGAAAUGAAUCACAGAAAUUCCCUUAUUUUUUUUAGAGACAGUGAUAUAGAACUCAAACUGGCAGUGUUCUUAUUUCAUAAGUUUUGUCAGUGAAACAGUGUUUUUUUGCAGGAGCUUCCUUUCCUAGUUAGGAUAAUGCUUAAAAUUCCAGAAAUGAAUGUGUUUCAGACAGAGCUGGUUCAGAUUUCCAUCAGACCACUCCAUCUUCUGCCAGGGAGCAGUAUGAGACAGCGGCGAGACAGACAGAAUGGGGGCAGGUGGAAGUUUCACUGACUUAACUCCAGCACCACUUAUCCUUUGUUUAGAAGGAGAGAAAAAAACAGGUAUAAAAUAGUUUUCAUAGUUAAGAAUAUCACCAAUCCAUAGCUGCUUUUUGUGUGUGUGUGUGUGUGUGUGUGUGUGUGUGUGUGUGUGUGUGAGAGAGAGAGAGAGAGAGAGAGAGAGUGAACCAGCAGUAAUGCCUUGCUCAAUCGCAUUCAGCCAUCUCAAGUGCAAUUCAUGAUGGAGACUCUGGUUUCCAACAGAUAAAGUUUUACGUAGUUAAACCUGUAAAAAUUAAUUUUUUUUCAACAGUACACCUAUUGCUAUUAUUUCAGCAAUUGGUAUACUAUUAAAUUGCCCAGGCCAAAUAAUUAAAUUUCUGUAGAUGUUUUAGUAAUUCGAGCCAAAUCCUCAUACUGUUUUCUCAUAAAGAAUGAGAAUUUGGUCCUCAGUUUGCUUUAAGUUCUCUUAUUCCUUUCUUUCCCUUACAGUUAAAGGACUUUUUUGUUUGUUUUGGAGCUUGGGGGCUUUUUUUUGCCUGAAGUGUCAUACAUUUUCUUUUGCCUGCACCCAGUUGCUUCUUUGAGUGUUUUCAUCUAUUUUGAUAUAUGAGUAAUAGAUAGUGUACUAUAUCAUCAGAGUGUUCCAACGUUUUGUUCUUUUAAACAAUGUAAGUAAGUAUAACUCAUACAUAUAUAUAUCUUAAUUCCUUUCUUUCCUCACAUAAGUAUUUUAUAAGUAACCGGAAUUUUUCAUUAGAUCUUAUACAGAGCAGUAUUUUAUUAAAAGUUCAAAAGGGAAGACUUUUAUGUGCUCAUUUUGUAGUUUUUGGUUUAUAAAUAUCUUUACAUUGUCUUCAAUUAAAGUGUUUUAAACUUGCAUUGGAAUGGACUCCGAAUGUAUUUUUGUGUUAAGCUGUACAUUUGUAGAUUUCUAGCAUGAAGUUAGCCUCAAAAUGUGCAAAAGGAUUUUAAAAUAUAUGAAUCACUGAAAGAGUUUAAACAUCUAUACAUGUUAAAUGAUAUAUGGAUUUUAAUUAAACCUUUGAGAAUGA